AUGGGUUCGCCCUCGAAAGCGCCGCCCACACGGAUAAUGACCAGACCCUCCCCAUACAGGAAACAAGUCAGACCAAAGGACGACUCCACUGACUCUCUACCAUUACCUGUUGCUGCGGACAAUGGUGGGCGGAUGCUAAUGCCAACGCCUCACCAGACCCGAAGCCGAUCGCCCCAGAAGAAGCCUAUGCAACCCCAGCAGCCCAGCAACAGGGCCAGAGAAAAAGCUAGAGCCCAGACGACAGACUACGAAGAUGGAGAAAAUGAAGUCGGAGAUAUUGUCCACGUCAGGUACCCGGGGCUCUCGGAUGACACACAAAGUCCAAGGGCCAAUUCGUCGGAAGCAGCACGGCUGACCCUUAAGGAACCAAACAUCCGCAAGACGCCACUCAAGACUCCGUCCUCCAAACUCAUGACACCCGCUCCCAAACGCAAGAUUAGCCCGAACAAGAAGCUUUCUCCUGAAAGCUACAUAGGCGGAAAGACGCGGAGUCAGGUUGUUGCUUCCCAAGGACGAGGAUCUCCAGAGGCCGCAGCAGGAAGCUCUAGGCCGCCACUCAGAGUUUCGGCGCCCUCUACCACUCCACCAGCUGAAAGAAGCUUCUCAAAACGCCCUGCUCCAGAAGAUGACGCUGCUGGUCUUGCGGCUUCUUUUCCGAAACGUGUUCGAAUACAAGAACCUGCUUCCUUGCCCCAACCAUCCUCAUUCCAGGCUACUAGUCUGGAAGGAGACUUUCGAUUCUCUAAUAGUGGCCAGAAUGAAAGCUCAGUGGACAGCGGCGAGCUCCUUCAGAUCGAACAAGCGGAUGAGUUGCUCCAAGAUGUCCUUGCUCAACCCAGGGCCUUGGGACUGGAUCAGAUAUCAGCUCUUUUCGUCCGGUUGCAGGAAAAGAGUUUCCGUUUCUCUCAACGGCGUUUUGACCACGAACUUACAGCGGACCAGAAGGCUGCGUGGCCAUUGCAUCUCUUAUCAACGCAGUAUAAGCCGUUGAUGCUAAUGACGCAGUUCAUUGCCGAUGGCAGUCGCUACGGCUGGCACAACUUCUUCACCAAGCGAGAGCACCGAGUUCCUCUGAUACAUGGCAUCAUUGGUGAAUGGUUCAAACAUCGGAUUUUCAACCACACGGCCUUUGGGGCCCCAGAAGAUAUACAAGAACAACUCGAGGCUGUUGACCGUGAGUAUAUCCAAUAUGACGCUUUUGUUCGCAGUAAGAAGCGCGCAGAGGUCCUGGAAUCGCUGAAAUUCGGCUACGGCAACAACGAUGAUAACCACGACCGCCCGUACUUUCCAGAUCAACAUGCCAGCAAUACGGAUAAGGCGUCACUCGAGUUGGCUGACCAUCUAAUGCAGCUCAUCGAACCCCUGCUCCCACCUCAGUCGGGCAAGUCGCAUUGGCUUGGAGUAGAAAUGGAACAGGAUGAUGCUACUUCCUUGCAUUUUACUAUCUUCGUUGAGCUUGUGGAGUUGAUUCUGACGGCGGCAACUCUACAUUUCUGCAUCCGCCUGACAGGACUCAAUGGGACGAUUGUCCGCAUUGCUCCGCAUGUCGCCAAGGGAAGCAUCUACGACAUCUCUCAGGACACAAACAACAUCUGCGUGAACGCUAAUUUUUGCAAUUCGACAAAAUCACGGUCGGCUGGUGCCCGAGAUGCGUUGCAAGUGAAGAUGACUUGCUGGGGAAGAGUCGAGGCUGUAACCCCCCACGGGCCAAAUCGACUGGAAUUGGAGGGUCGGCAACAGCAGGUUCGAGAAACGCUCGGAAGUAGAGCUGAAUUAUCCUGGCGUGAGGUUGAAGACCAAGUGUUCCCUGUCCUCCCCUAUGAUUUGCAGGAAGACGACGCCGGUAGAGCUGCGGCGGAGAAGGAGAUACCUGUCCGAGGCACAGAGUGGAGUAUCAGCAUUGCCAAAGCUGCCGCAAAAGAGGCCAGAGAACACACCUUUGGGAAGAGGCGAGGAAGCGCUGAUACCGAGGAUGAAUCUUCGUUCUCGUCUUCUGAAGACGAAGCCAGAGCUCGACCAUCCAAACCCCUUCGCGGGUCCUUUGUCGUGGUCUACCCUAACGUCGCCCCGGCCAAUGUUUACUGUGUAUGGACCAACGACACAACUAAACACACUCAAACGCUGGAAGAAGCCGUCAACGAAGCUCGCAGAGCCAAGGGCAUGUACUACAGACUCGAAGACCUCGGCACGCACACCGUCAACCUGGCACUUGAGUACCGUGCGUACGAGUGGGCAAUAGCAACGGGCUUGAUCGGCGGACUGACCGGCGGGAUUCUGCUGUCUGCCGUGGCCCGGCGAGUGGUUAGCCUUAGCCAUAGCCUUCCGCUGGACAGCAUACGGACAUAUUUCGUCCAACUGGUCAGGGACAUCCGCAACGGCGUGCCUCUGUCCCUUUCCAAGGCCCUAGGCGCCCAAUACUUCUCCACGCUCGGCAACGCGCUCAAACAGUCCGGCGCGCGGGUCAAGACAGCCCUGGACUUUCCUUCCUUGGUCGAUCGUCUGCGAUUGACGGCGUCGCCUGCUGUACCGGAGACGACGAUCCUGACAUCGACCGUCACGGGCUGGACGACAGUGACUGUUCAACCAACCUUACAGAACAUAUAUGAGCCCUCGCCACCUCUACUUGUGUAUAGCACAGCCACUCUCGAACAGUGA